ACAGGAUGCCGGAGUGCCCUACAGGUCUAAUAGAGAACCGUUGAGAACGCAGCCAUUUUGUAUACCGCCACCUCGCGCAGAUUUAGGUUCAGAUCAGAAGCCUACGACUGUUACAGAGUAAACGAACAAAAUAGAAUAAAAUGUUUUCCCCUAGAAUUUUGAAGUCAGUAGCAUCUCGGACAUGCAGGGCGUUUUCCCAACAAGGCAAAGCUCCAGAUAUGGCAGAGGGAAACGCACACUUGCUUGUGACCAAUGUUCGCAAUCGGCUUCGGCAGAUCGUCGGAGCAUCGACCAAUUGGAAAGAUCAUCAGCAAGCCCUGGCAGAGAGAAUCUCCCUGAGUAAACACCUCGCUAACAGUCAGGAGGAACUUCCCACAAAGAGCAUGAAGGACAGCGAGAUCGAGGUGCAUCUCCCGUUGGGGACGCAGCCGUCGCUCCGCGAGAAAUACCUCAACUUCCACAACAGCGUCAGGUUUGGUCGGAUUUUGGAGGAUCUUGACAGUUUAGCAGUGCUCAUCUGUUACUCUCACACCUGGAAUAAAGAUCUGGAGAGAUCGCCUCUGUCUAUCGUCACGGCUCUGGUGGACAAAAUCGACAUGCGGAGAAACAUCAUCUACCCGGAUUGCGACAUCAAGUUCACGGGUCAUGUGACGUGGGUGGGGAAGACGUCGAUCGAAGCCAAGAUGCACAUGACCCAGUUCCAUGACGGAGCUUACACUCCAGUGUUAGAUGCCACGUUUGUGAUGGUCGCUCGAGAUCCAGAAAAUAAAAGGGCGGCAUUUGUGAACCCACUGAAACUGGAGAACCCGGAGGAGGAGAAGAUUUUCCAGCAAGGAGAGAUUAACAAGAAGAGGCGUGUGGAGCUGAGCACUGCGUCUUUACUCAAGGUGGCUCCUACAGCCGAAGAGAGGACGCUCGUACACAGCCUGUUCCUGAACACACUCGACGCCAAAACCGUUAGCUUCCGGAGUCGAAUCCUUCCCCCUAACUCCGUGUGGAUGGAGGACGCAAAGCUAAAAGGCUUGGAGAUCUGUCAUCCACAGGAGAGGAACAUCUUCAAUCGGAUAUUCGGUGGUUUCCUGAUGAGAAAGGCGUACGAGCUGGGCUGGACCAACGCUUGUGUAUUUGCCGGCUGCAGGCCAGUUCUGGUAGCGGUGGAUGACAUCAUGUUCCGCAAGCCGGUGGAGAUCGGGUCACUGCUGCUGUUGUCCUCACAGGUGUGUUACACUGAAGGACGCCAUGUUCAGGUCAGAGUUCACACAGAGGUGCUUGACCCUUUGACCCGGCAGCACGACACCACCAACGUCUUUCACUUCACCUUCCAAGUGGAGAAGCCAGUUCCUGCUGUAGUACCGCAGAGUUAUGGAGAGUCUAUGCUCUACCUGGAUGGGAAAAGACACUUUGAUGAGACAAUGAAGAGCCAGUGAAGAUCAUUCUGCAUACAAUCUGACCCUAGAGGAAGAUUUCUUGCAGUGUAAUGCCAUCAAACAACAAACAAAUAAUGUAACUGCACUUUGUCAAUGAGGAUGUUGAUGUCGGACAUGUUCUGGGUUUUUUUUUUUUGCAUGUGUGUGUUUUGGUCAUUUAUAUACAAAGAGAGAUAUAAAAAUAUUCAAAUGAAAUUAUUUAUACUCAUUAACGUUGAGCAUAUUCUACAUUUUUUACAAACAGGCUCUCACUACAGAUGAUGAUGAUCACGUUCAGUGUAUCGUGUACUAUUGACUGUUUAUCGCACUUUUUAUUAAGACAUUAGGUGGCGGUUUGUAAUUUAGGUCGCCUUAUAGAGACGCUGCAACAACCAAACUGUUUAGCAGUCUUUUUAUUUAGCAGAAAUGUUUUAUUGAAAUCCUGGUACCUUUCAGAUCCUAGAUGUUUUUCUCAGAAUUUCUGGUCUUUUCCUAUUAGUGUCAUGUAUGUGGUGGUUGCCAUGUCUGUAUUUUACAACCAGAAAUUACUGCAUGGACUAAAGGAAGAUGUCUAAUAAUCAUCAGAAGGAACAAAGCAAGAAAGCAGUAGGAGAUUUGGACAUACUUGUGAUACAGGCAUAUGGACCGGUGAUGCCAGUAACCUCAAGUGCACUUAUUCACCAUUCUGAGAACAAUCUUAAAUUAGUCUGGAAAGGUAUAACAUAAUAAACUGAAUGUUUCACAUCAUGUAUAGGUCAGCUCUAUUCAAGCGAACAAACAUGAAUGUGUUUCUCUUUUAUUUUUCUUCUUUUUUUGCCAUAACACAAACAUUUGUUUUGUAUUUCUCAAACAUUUAUAUUUUAUGUUGAACAGCCUUUUAAUAAAGCGUAAGCAAAUAUAUUUAUUGUGCUUAUUAAGUUUUUUUUUUAUAAGAUAUGAAAAAAUGUGUAAACAGUAGGGAUGCAGGAAUCAAACCCUGAACCCUGGAAAUGUGGCUUGAACAUAAAAUGUUACCGAAAAAUAAAACAUUUCAG